GGCGGGGCUAUGUACCUAAACAGAUGGGAUGAGAGCAUUGUCUUCAAUCUGUCAGUGUUACCUCUGCGGAGAGACAUGCGGAAGAUUUUCCUGCAUUUGUAGACCCAGAGGAAGAUUGUCAGAAGAAGACAUCGCCAGGUUUGUAUGCAAUACCGUUUGAACUGUCGAGGAUUCCCGUUGUUUCCAUGCACUCGGUCACCCGGUUGCUGGAGAGACGGCGGAGCUGAAUCGGUCAAUACUUUCGUCUCGCAAACCGAUCUUUCUCUGACUGGCGAAGGGGACAUUAAUAUUGGAGAAUCUCUCUGCUGACGGCCAUCAGAAGAGAGACAUUGGUGGCAUCAUACCACAAAUCGUGCAAGUGGACAGGACACAGAGGCGAAGGGAGAGACAUUCAUCUGUAGUGUAUUUCUAUUAAUCCUGCAGCAAUGCCGGGGUUUGAUUACAAGUUUCUGGAGAAACCGAAGAGACGGUUUCAAUGUCCCUUAUGCAGUAAAGCUAUGCGCGAGCCUGUUCAAGUUUCUACGUGUGGCCACCGAUUUUGUGACACAUGUCUACAAGAAUUUUUAAGUGAGGGGGUCUUCAAGUGCCCAGAGGACCAGCUGCCCCUGGACUAUGCCAAGAUCUACCCUGACCCAGAGCUGGAGCAGCAGAUCCUGGCUCUGCCCAUCCGCUGCAUCCACAGUGAGGAAGGCUGUCGCUGGACCGGACAGAUGAAGCAGCUCCAGGGUCACUUCUCCACCUGCGCCUUCAAUGUGAUCCCCUGCCCCAACCGCUGCUCCAUCAAGCUGACGCGCCGUGACCUGCCCGACCACCUGCAGCACGACUGCCCCAAGCGCAAGGUCAAGUGCGAGUUCUGCGGCAGUGAGUUCACCGGGGAGGCCUAUGAGAACCACCAGGGUAUCUGUCCCCAGGAGAGUGUGUACUGUGAGAAUAAGUGUGGAGCGCGGAUGAUGCGCCGGCUCCUGUCCCAGCACAGUCUGGCUGAGUGUCCCAAACGCACGCAGCCCUGCAAGUACUGUGGCAAGGAGUUUGUCUUCGACACCAUCCAGAACCAUCAGUACCACUGCCCUCGGUUUCCAGUCGCAUGUCCAAACCAGUGUGGCACCCCCAACAUCGCCCGGGAGGACUUGGCCAAUCACGUGAAGGAGAACUGUGGCAGUGCCCCCAUCCUCUGCCCCUUCAAAGAUGCCGGCUGCAAACACAGGUGCCCAAAACUGGCGAUUGGGCGUCACCUGGAGGACACGACCAAGGCCCACCUGACCAUGAUGUGCAGCCUGGUGGGGCGCCAGCGGCAGGAGAUCCUGGAGCUGCGGAGGGAGAUGGAGGAGCUGUCAGUCAGCAACGAUGGAGUGCUCAUCUGGAAGCUCAGUGACUACUCCCGUAAACUCCAGGAGGCCAAGCUCCGGAACAACCAUGAGUUCUUCAGCCCGCCCUUCUACACCCAUCGCUACGGCUACAAGCUGCAGGUGUCUGCGUUUCUCAACGGUAACGGCAGUGGGGAGGGCUCGCACCUGUCCAUCUACAUCCGGGUGCUGCCGGGGGAGUACGACAACCUGCUCGAGUGGCCCUUCUCCUACAAGGUGACCUUCUCCAUCAUGGACCAGAGCGACCUGUCGCUGUCCAAGCCCCAACACAUCACAGAGACCUUCAACCCUGACCCCAACUGGAAGAACUUCCAGAAGCCGUGCAGCACCCGCAACUCGCUGGAUGAGAGUACCCUGGGCUUCGGCUACCCCAAGUUCAUCUCCCACGAAGAGAUCAAGAAGAGGAACUAUGUCCGAGACAACUCCAUCUUCCUCAAGGCUUCCAUAGAGAUCCCGCAGAAGAUCAUGGCCUGAGGGAGAGCUGGUUUUGGUUUAUCAGGAGGGAAGGGAGGGUGAAAGACAGGCUUGAGACUGAUAUGACAUUUACCUUGAGAACUUCACCACACUUAUCCUUUAGACACUGACUGACUGUCCAUAUCCAUAUAGCCACUCCAGUGUAGGAGCUUCUAGUCUGUUGGGUUGUUUUGGAGGACUGGAGGACCCCGCUAUAUUUAAAUGGAUGAGAAUGCUAAGGGUUAGGUCUGCCGAAACCAUCACUCUCUGAUUCUUAUUUGUAAAUGUUUGUUUUCUAAAAAAUUUCUUCUCAAUCUGCAGAAAAAAGCCUUGGAAAUCAACAGUGCCUAGAGAGUUUAUUUAAAGUUAUAUUUUGUUGUUUUUCUGCAGCACAGAUGUAAAUAUUAAGAAAGGAUAGAGAGAUGUUCUGGGGGUUGAAGUCAUCCUUAAGCCUUUGCACUUAGAAAUAAUGUUUGGCUCUGGUUUGAACCAUCCCAUCUGAUCACGAGCGGUCCAAAGAAUAGGGUAAAGCGCAGGCUAGUGGAAGGAGCUCAUCACAAUCUCAAGCCCAACUGCCGUUUGUUUACAUGCUCUUAUAGUAUCUCCCACUGAUCCCUUAACAAAUGCAAAGCUCUUGGUUAGCAAAUUUGAGAUUGCUGUUAAGCCUACUGUCAGCAAACAAUAUUACAGCUGUGAAUUAAGUGUGUUUCUUCUUGUCACUGUUCCAUCACUCUCUGUCUACAAUUCGUCAUUUGGCCAAUUCUAUAAUGCUUUGAAUGAGAGGAUCAUGAUAUUUAGACAAAAAACAACAAUCAUUUUUCACAGUCAGAUUUAUAAGCCUCUAAAGGGCAUCUCCUGUGGGGUCCUGAGAAGAUGGAUACAGUAGAUGGGUUCCUAUGCUUUGCUGGUCAAAGGUGCUAAUGUACAGUAUGACGGUCUUUGAGUGGGUAGAACUGAAUCCACUCAGUCCUGUCAAGAGGCGAUAUGGUACAUGUGCACUUAAGUGUGAAGGGAAAGCCAUGAGGUCUAGGUAGGUAGGUAGGUAGGUAGGUAGAGGAGCAGGCCCCAUCUGAUUCCCACGGGGGGCCAGUAUAAAAAAAAUA